ACCGUCUCUGUCUUUAAGUCAGCAUGAGCGCAGCAGCGUGACAACACCUCCGUCUACCAGCUAUUCUGACUGCCGCUUUAAAAGGUGUGGUAAUAACGUGACAGAGUGCGGAGCAGUUAUCUGGCGUCCUGUACAGUGUGGAGUGGUGGCAUUCAUGUGAACUUUGCGUUAUUUCCCCCCAAAAUUAAAAGAGGGCAAGAAAGUUUCCCGCUUUGAAAAUGGCCACAGAUGAGCUCUCGUCCAAACUCAGCCGUCGGCUGCAGAUAGAAGAAGGAGCCGAGGAGCCUGUUGCCGUGGAUGUCCCCGGACAUCACAACGGGUCGGAGGAGAAACCGAGCACGGCCAACGCGGACUCGGAGCUCGGCGCUAAACUGUUUCGGCGAGGAGAGCUGAACGAGGGGCUCGGCGAGCACUCCCAGCCCAGCAUGAAGAUCUUCAACCCGUACACCGAGUUUAAAGAGUUCUCCCGAAAGCAGAUCAAAGAUAUGGAAACUUUGUUCAAAACGUAUGAUGCUGGAAAAGAUAACUACAUUGACCUAAUGGAGCUGAAGCUGAUGAUGGAGAAGCUUGGAGCUCCACAGACACACAUCGGCUUGAAGAAUAUGAUCAAAGAGGUGGAUGAAGACCUGGACAACAAGCUCAGCUUUAGAGAGUUCCUGUUGAUUUUCAGGAAGGCGGCAGCAGGAGAGCUGGCAGAGGACAGCGGCCUCUGUGCCCUUGCUCGCCUGUCUGAAAUUGAUGUUUCUACAGAGGGGGUCAAAGGUGCAAAGACCUUUUUUGAAGCUAAAGUGAAGGCCAUCAAUGAGUCCAACCGAUUUGAGGCAGAGAUCCGCCAGGAGCAAGAAGAGAAGAAAAAGCAGGCCGAGGAGCAGAAACAAAGACGGGCUGCUUUCAAAGAACUGCAGUCAGCUUUCAAGUAACCGUCUCCGUCUCAUCUCAAGACCUUUGACUGCCUGUGCUGUAGUAAUGCUGUCAGUUUAGAAAUUUGCAGACCAAAGACUCCAUCUGUUUCAGACAGCGCUUAAUCUCAGUGUUACUAGAAAUCCUAUAUUAUGGAAUACCAGUAUUGUCCCUAUAAAAUGUGUCUAACACUUAAAUCUCAAAGCUGCAAUUUACUAAACAGCUGCCUUUGUUGGCUGUUGUCAUUUAGUACUGUUGUGUUUGGAAUUUAAAUUUGGUAAAAUGUAAGUAAAAUAACCCAAUGUCCAUUUUCUCGUAAUUUGGAGAUUUUGCUGUAAAUACUGAAUAGUCUUGGUAACACAGUCACUUGAUGUUAAAUGUUAUAGCCGAGCUCUACAUUUUUACUGCACACAGCAUUGUAUUUUCCUAUACUAGGGUUUUAAGUUGGUCUUGAGUAGAUUUUGGGACAGUUAUAAUGGUUAUCAUUCUUUAAUAUCAUGCUUUGUGUACUACAGAUAGCUUUAAAAUGAGGUGAUUUUUAAAAAUUGUCUAAUAUUUUUCUAGCAUUGACCAUUGUUUUUCAAUCAGCCCCUUUUUUAUGUUUUAUUCAUCAGCUUUACUGCUGACCUCUGGGAAUGUUGUGACCUUACUGUAGACUGCUUUACUUUGACCACUUGUGGCAUCAGACUGUCAAAAUCAUUUAACCUGAAAGUGAAAUUGAAACACACAUGAACAACUAUCUUGUUAAAAUAAACUUGGCACAAAAAGUGAGGAAAUUUGUUUUUCGUCGAUUUCUUUUCUUUGUAAUAACAAUGUUUUUGGCAAUAUAUCUUAUACUGCUGGAAAGCCUGUUUAUUUCCCCUUCAGUGGAGCCACAUUUGUAGGGAAAAUGCAUUUGUGGGUUGAGUAUUUGGGUCAUGCCCACGAAAAACUUGCCAAAUCUUUUUUGCCAAUGCCACACA